AUGGAAAGAGAAGCUAAUAUGACAAAAUAUGUUUUCUUCUUCUUUGAUCAUAUAGCGGUAGCUUUUAUAGAGCUAAAGUUUUUUAUUUUUGCGUUGGAACGAUGGUACGCUAUCAAAAAUAAAGGAAAGGAACAGCACAAAGGCAGCGUCGCUUUUACUAUUCUUGGAGGUUUGGUAAGAAAAUGUUACGUAGAAAAAUGUUGAUAGUAUACUACUGUUUUCAAAAAAUUUAUUUUUUCGUUUAAUUGAGAAAGGUCGUUUUAAAAAUUUCACUUAAAUUUUUAUACUAAUUAAUUUAGGCUUUAUUGGUGUCAAUCGAAAUUUUUUUCAAAACCUGGUUGUUUUGGCAGUUUGACACUUCUGAACCAAUUGAACAUCGCCUGAAAAAAGGAUUGACAGUUACUACAUCAGUCGGUUUUCUAGCUGCUUCUUAUAUACUCUACAUUGGCUCAGUCGUCGCUGGGGUUUUGGUUGGUUUUAAUUUUUUUUCGAAACUUGUUUUUGUUUUUAAUUGGUCUUUAAAGUUUAAAGAAACAAGCUAAAAGUAUGAACAGCAACAUUUAAAAAAACUUUUUCAGCUAUUAAAAUACACCAAAGGCUACAUCAAAAAGCUUCGUCUUCAAAGCGAAAGCCUGGCUGAAAGCUUUGAGUUAAGUCAAAGCAAUCGAAUUGCUGAUGCUCUUAGACCAAUGAUCAUAUUAUAUGUUGGUUGUGGAUUAGCAUGUGCUCCUACUUGUGUGCUGUGUUAUAUCAUGGUGUUUUGCGAUAACACUCCUUACCUUAAAAAACUGUUCUUUGUGGCCGGACGGGUAAGCGAGUAACCUACUAACACUUCCGUUAUUCUCUACCCUACCGUACCCUACCCUGCCCUACCUUACCCUAUUUUACCUACCCUUCUCUACCCUACCUUACUAAACACACUACGUCAAGUGUUAUACCGUAGGCUUGACGUACUGUAAUUAGUAAUGCAUACACACGAUUUUCAAAAAUUAACUCUACACCAUUUAGCUAGACUACUUUAACCUGUCGUUAUACUCAUUACUGUCGUUGGUUGUUGGUUUGAAUAAGUUUGGAAUUAUUUCGAAAAAUGUUGUUCUACCAACCACAGAUGUAAUAUAUAAUGCUGAUUCGCAUAUCAAUCACUUUGACCUAUUGGCUGAUAUGUGGGAUGUAACUAAACAUUAA